AUGGCAGCGUCUUUGGGCCUUCGAGAAGGCGAGAGUGCUGCUGGACUAGCCAAUGAUUCUCAAAUCCCAAUCAAACCUGAGAAAGAGAAUGUCGAGUCCCCCGAGAAGAAGGUCAUGAAUGGCUUCCUACUUCUCCGAGACGAUGGCAAGGGUCAUGCUGAUGCAGUCAAAAGUCUCUACUUCGUUUACAUAGGUGUCGCCCGUCUCGUGGCUACCUACAUCUAUGCCUCUCUCUUCACCUACGUCGCGUAUCACUUAACCCGCAACGUCCGACGAAGCUAUCUACUGGCUGCUUUAGGCCAAGAAAUCGCCUACUAUGACCAGGGCACCUCCGGCUCCAUAUCUCAGCAGGCGACCACAAACGGCAAGCUCAUCCAGUCCGGCAUCGCAGAGAAACUCGGCAUCGUCAUCCAAGCCAUCUCCACCUUCGUGGCGGCAUUCGUGAUCGCAUUCGUCACACAAUGGAAGCUAACUUUGAUCCUCAUCUUUAUGGUGCCAACUCUGCUCGUUGUUCUCGGAACGGCGGGUGGUAUCGACGCCAUGAUCGAGACCAGGAUUUUGCAGGUCUACGCCCAAGCCGGUAGCUACGCCGAAAACGUUCUCGGAGGCGUCCGGACCCUUCAGGCCUUCAGCCUUCGACCGAGGGUGAUUGCUAAGUAUGACUCUUACCUCCAGGAUGCGUACACCCAGGGAAUGAAAAAGAAUAAGCUAUACGGCGUCGUGUUCGGAGGGCAGUAUUUCGUCGUCUAUGCCGGCAUGGGCCUGGCCUUUUGGCAGGGCACCGCUAUGCUUGACCGCGGAGAAAUUUCCAACCUGGGAACCGUCUUUGUUGUUCUCUUCUCCGUCAUCCUCGCUGCGAGUACGGUCAUGCAAGUAACGCCACAUAUGGUCACCUUCAGCCGCGCGGCAACCGCAGCUUCGGAGCUGUUCGCUCUCAUCGAUAGGCAAUCCGAGAUUGACCCCUUCAACGAAUCGGGAGACAAACCCGACGAAACUGCCGGCAUCAUCGAUCUGCACGGUAUCAACUUCAGCUAUCCUACCCGUCCAGAUGUCGCCGUUCUAGAGGACUUUACCUUGAAUAUCCCCGCAGGCAAGGUCACGGCGUUGGUGGGACCGUCCGGCUCAGGAAAAAGCACCAUCAUCGCCCUGCUUGAGCGGUGGUAUAACCCCCAUGCAGGCAGCAUUCUCCUGGAUGGCAAGGACAUCGGUCAGCUCAAUCUCAAGUGGCUGCGGACCAACGUCCGUCUAGUUCAACAGGAACCGGUGCUCUUUAAUGGCAGCGUGUUCGAAAACAUUGCCAACGGCCUCGUCGGCACACAGUGGGAGGGAGCAUCGCAAGAAGACCAAAUGCAGCGCGUCCAGGAGGCCGCGAAGCUAGCCUUCGCGCACGACUUCAUCCAGAAUCUGCCGCGAGGAUACUACACACGAAUCGGCGAGAGAGGCGGCCUGCUCUCGGGCGGACAGAAGCAGCGGAUCGCGAUAGCCCGCAGCGUCAUCUCCGAGCCCAAGAUCCUACUCCUCGACGAGGCGACUAGCGCGCUCGACCCGCACGCCGAGGGCAUCGUCCAGAAGGCCCUCGACAGCGUCUCUAAGAACCGGACGACCAUCGUCAUCGCGCACAAGCUGGCAACUGUUCGCAACGUGGAUAAUAUCGUGGUCAUGUCCGAGGGCAAGAUCAUGGAACAGGGGCGUCACGAAGAGUUGGUGUCUAGGAACGGAAUCUACGCUACUCUCGUCAAGGCCCAGGAUCUCGCGCCGGCCAACAUUCAGAAGAACCGCGGCUCGGGGGGCACAAGCACGUCCGAUGAGGCCUCGGAAAAGGGAGGCGAUCGUGUCGAUCGCGUUCAGUCUCUUGCCGGGAUCCAGAUGGGCGAGGCGCGACAACUAGCUGCCAAGGACCCGGAAGACCACAGCUUGUAUGAGAAGACGGGCAUUAUCCACAGCAUUUGGAAGCUUCUGAGAGGGACGCCGGAUAUCUGGCCUUGGUUCGCGGUCACAAUAGCCACAUGCAUCGGAGGAGCCGCCGUCAACCCUGGGCAAGCCCUUUUGCUAGGCAACAUCAUGAGCGUCCUUACGUCUGCAAACAUAGUCGCUCGCGGCAAUUUCAUCUCGUUGAUGUUCUUCGUCAUGUCACUCGGCAUUCUCAUCAUAUACUUUGCCAUGGGCUGGUCAACCAAUACUAUCGCACAGGCUCUCAGCAGGAAGAUGCGACGGGAAAUCUUAGAGUCCUUCCUCCGGCAGGACCUCCGGUUCUUCGACCGGCCCGAAAACACGGUCGGCGCACUCAUCAGUCGCCUCGAUUCCUACCCGCAGGCCAUCGUGGAGUUGAUGGGUUUCACCGUCGCCAUCAUCCUCAUGUCGGUGAUUAAUAUCGUCGCGUCGAGCGUCCUGGCCAUCAUUGUGUCUUGGAAGCUCGGGCUGGUCGGUGUCUUCGUCGGGCUGCCGCCCAUGAUGCUAGGUGGCUAUACGCGCGUCAGGCUCGAGACUAAAAUGGAGGACGAAAUAGGCCAGAGGCUGUCGGCUAGCACUUCAGUGGCUUCGGAGGCGGUCAUGGCGAUCCGUACCGUCUCUUCGCUCGCCAUCGAGAGCACUGUCCUAAGGAAGUACGUCGACGAGCUCGACCUCGCGAUCUCUCAGGCGAGCGGGCCCAUGUUCCACAUGAUGACCUGGUUCUCUCUUACGCAGUCCGUCGAGUACUUUGUUCUGGCCUUGGGGUUUUGGUGGGGAUCGAAGCUGAUCAACGACGGGGAAAUCAGCUUCUAUCAGUUCAUCGUGUCGUUUAUGGGUGUUUACUUCUCCGGCCAAGCCACUGCGUUGGCUUUCAGUUUCGCCAGCAGCUUCACCAACGCGAACCAAGCCGCCAACUACUACUUCUGGCUUGCCGGGCUCAACGGGACCAUCCGUGAGACUGACGACAGCCGCAAAAAGGGGCCCGAGAGCGGGUGCCGCUCCUACGACUUCCAAGACGUGAAUUUCUCAUACCCCCUGGCGCCGGACAACCAGGUUCUCAAGGGUGUGUCUCUGUCAAUUCAACGAGGCGACUUCGUGGCAUUCGUGGGAGCCUCAGGUUGCGGAAAGAGUACCAUGAUCUCGCUCCUAGAGCGCUUCUACGACCCGACAAGCGGCGCCAUCAUCAUCGACUCGACUGCACCCCUAUCGUCCAUCAACCCGCGUCUGUACCGGGAGCAGGUGGCCCUGGUGCAGCAAGAUCCGACGCUCUUCCCAGGCACGAUCCGCGAGAACAUCUCGCAGGGGGUGCCGAAUCUAGGUGCGACGGAGGCGGCGUCGGACAAGGCGCUGGAGGAGGCGUGCCGGAUGGCCAACGUGUGGGACUUCGUCUCAUCGCUGCCCGAGGGCCUCGACACGCCGUGCGGGGCGAGCGGCAGCCAGCUGUCGGGGGGUCAGCGGCAGCGCAUCGCCAUCGCCCGCGCGCUGGUGCGCAAGCCCAACGUGAUCCUACUUGACGAGGCGACGAGCGCGCUGGACACCGAAUCGGAGAAGCUCGUCCAGAGCGCGCUGUCUGAGGCAGCGUCGUCUAGGGACAGGAUCACCAUCGCUGUAGCGCACCGUCUCUCGACAGUCCGCGAUGCCAACUGCAUCUUCGUCUUCCACGCAGGCAAGAUUGCGGAGGCCGGGACACACGGCGAGCUGGUUGCGAAACGGGGGAUGUAUGCCAAGAUGUGUGAGGCUCAGAAGCUGGACGGCGCUGCAUGA